AUAGUAGGGAUUUGUAUUUCAAGUCUUUUGAAAAUUGUAAAUUCCAAAUUUUUUCCAGAUUACCGUAAGGCAAAAGUUGGAUUGUCAUCUGAACACGUAAAAAGAAUACUUUGAUCUUUAAAAAGAAUACCUUUAAAAUAUAUUGAUGAUUCUAUUUACAGUACUGUUUCAUUUAUAAGUGAUUUCUGUGAUAUCUUGUAGAAAGAUGAGUGAAGACGAGCGUACAUUAGUAGACAAGUCUGAAAGUAGUUCAUUUGAAGACCUAGCGUCAGCAGCUGCUCACGAAAUUGAGGAAGCAAAAUUAGCUGAGGCAGCAGCUGCAGAGAAGAUUAAGCUAGAUGGAAAGGCUCCAGCUGCCACCGAGUGGCAAGAUCUGUUAGGAUCUGGGUCUAUUUUGAAAAAGAUACUUAAAGAAGGUGAUGAAUCGGAAGGCUUACGGCCUCAAAGAAGUGAUAUAUGCAGGAUAAGCUAUGAAAUAAGAAUCAGGAAUGGAAAACAUGAAAAUAUGGAAAAGCGGGACCAAGUGAAGAUAUACUUGGGUGAUAAUGAAAUAUUACAAGGUCUUGAUUUAGCAUUGACACUGAUGUACAAAGGUGAAAUAUGUUUACUACAAAUAGCUCCAAGGUUUGCCUAUGGUGACACUGGCUUAAAUCCGGGAGACAGUUUGGGUUUGGUUGGAGAAAUAAACAGUCCAAAAUAUGAGGGACCACCAAUAGGUCCAGAGACAUGGUUAGAAGUUAAAUUAGAAUUACACGAUUGGGAGGAAGAACCAGAACAUGAAACAUUAACAAUUACUGAAAGAAUGGAAAUCGGCAUCCGCCGUCGUUGCCGAGGCAACUGGUGGUAUGGUCGUGGUGAGACGCAGCUGGCCGUGCAGUUGUACAGACGGGCUCUGGACGUCCUCGACGAGAGCGAAGGUGGCAUCACGGAGCCCACGGCCACCGGAGAGGUGACCCAGGCCUCUGAUGCUUUAAUGGCCUUAUUGGACGAACGCAUGCGCGUACACAACAAUAUGGCCGCUGCGCAGUUGCGGGCUGGAGCGUACGAUGCCGCCUUGCAGGCCGUAACUAGAGUGCUCACUUGCCAACCGAACAAUGCGAAGGCACUCUAUAGGAAAUCUCGUAUUUUAACCGCCAUGGGGCGCAAUUCCGAAGCCCUACAGGCGGCCAGGGCCGCCGCGGCCGCGGCUCCCGAGGAUACUGGCGUCAGAAAGGAGUUACAAAAGUGUGAACAAAAGGCGAACAGAGACAAGUCCGUAGAAAGGAAACUGGCCAAGCGAAUGUUGGGCACCGGCGGACAGGGCAAAGCGUCCCCGGACAAAAACCCGGGGCGGGCCAAGAUGUUGGUGUGGGGAUCUCUGCUGCUAAGUCUGUUGGUGGGCGUGGCCAGUGUAUUGGCCUACCGAUACAAGAAUCAGCCGCAGUGAACGCAUUGACUUAAAACACCCGUGGAGCAACAUAAUCGACGAACGUGGCACGUAGCUGACUUCCUAACUUCGACUUUGUUUGAGCUUUAACUUAGAGAAACAAAAUAUCAGAAUAUUAUUUUGGUAAAACGAUUAGCUUUACUCGAUAGAAAUCUUAUUUUUAUAUUUCUCAAGACAUAUCAGUUUUUCAUUUCCCUAUCGGCAUUUUCUUGUGUGAUUUUUUUUUGUAUAUUCUAGUUUUAGUGCCAAAAUCCUAACUUAUUUUUUAUGUACCUAUAGGAUCUUUUUUUUAAAGUGCUCUAAUAUUUUUUGAAAAUGUAUAGUUUAAGACAUACGCAUUCCAACUGGAUUUCUGGUACUUGGCAUUUUCAAUAAAUCACAAUAGAAUAUUCGUAUGAACAAAGUAUUUGUGUUAAUCGAAACAUUGGUUUGGUGGUCUAUAAAUAAAAUUGUUGGAAACUUA